GCUCUGUAGGAGGCGGCCUGAGGACGGGUGAAGGAAGAGGUAACCAGGGGCAGAGCGAGCAUGGCCAAGGUAGACACACUCAAUGGCCUUGGAGGCGAGCUUUCCUGCCUGCCGAGAGCGGUCAGGUGGGGGGAUGAGGACAUAUGCCUUGCAACCCCAGAUACGGAGAAUGGCAGCAUCUGGCUUGGUGCUAGCCCAGAGCUCAGUGGGAGUGACAGACUGGCGUUGAGGAUUACACCCGAGACGCGUAGAGAGCGGGCGGAGGGCGUGGCCCCAAGCCAGAGAGUGGUAGGUCUGGUGUCGGGCCGGUGGGGAUGCGGAUAAUGAUUGUAGAGGAGUGCCGCAUGGAAGAGGGCAUAUCCGCAGAGUGACCGUGGUGCGUUGGCGUGACUGAGGAGGCAGCGAGCAAUUUGAACCAAGGUGUGGUUGCGGCUCUCUGCAAUGCCGUUCUGCUGCGGGCUUUCGGGGAGCGUGAAGGUUUGCCGAAUCGGUUGGGCCGCGCAGCAGUUAUCGAGUUUGCCAUUGCGAAAUUCUCCCCCGCCAUCAGAAUGGAGGCACUUCAGAGGAGUGCCGAACGUGACUUGAGCCUGGCGCACCCAUGCCAUGAUGACGUCAGGUGCCAUGCAUAAACCAUCAAGGUAUGCAAUGCAUCAACUAGGCACCCCAUGCAUCAACCAAGCAUUCCAUGCAUCAACUAGGCAUGCCAUGCAUCAUCCAACGGAGCAUAAAAUGCAUCAACCAACCUGGCAUGCCAUGCAUCAACCAACCAGGCAUGCCUUGCGUCCAUUAAGCAUGCCAUGCAUCAACCAGGCCUGUCGUACAUCAACCAGGCAUGCCAUGACAUCGAGCACAUUCCAACGAGCCAAGAAUUGUUGGAAUCGGAGCACAUAUGAAGAAGUUCCGAUGAAAUGUUUGAUGGAUUUGUUACAACUCAUUGGAAGUCCUUGGCAGUUGCUACACCAAAGUUGGAGAGCCCUAUAACGAGGAGGGACCAGCAUGUGUGGGACUUUUGUCCUCACCUUGCAGCUGCAGCAUUUGGGGGUUGGAGGCCAACCUGGCACAGUGUGAAUUUUGUCUUGCCAGUCUGGUUGAAUUUGAAGAUGGGGAGUCAAGAAUUUGACUCUUGACAUGUUCUUGACCAUGGGCCUGCAGGGUCCUUCCCUUUCAUCCUUCCCUUCCAUCCCCACCUUCCAACUGUGCUUCAAUGCCUUUUCUAUCAUGCCUUUGAACUUCAAAGAUAGCCUGGAUCCACUUGGCAGCAUCGGGGCAGGUGAUGGCCUCAAGGAAGUUGGACAGAGUGAAUCUGGUGGGAGCGGUAGCAAUGCCAAGGAUGAGGAGGCCAAGGAAGCCCGGCGGCUAUGCCAUGCAAGGGACAUGGAGGGAUCGAGGGCGUGGCAAUCGCGGUCGCUCCUACUACAACCAAGGUGGUCGCGGGACUUGGAACCAGCGGGGGCGUGGUGGCGCUGGUGCAAGAGGAAGAGUGGCACAGCUGUUGCAAGGGCUGGAGAGGAACUGCACCCGCUUGAUAUGUGGGUCAUGGACUCUGGUGCUGCAUGGACAAUGACACCACGCAAGGACUUGCUGGAUGCUGUGCGAGCGCCUCCAAUCUCCGAAGUGCGCUCAGCAUCCGGACAUGCAGUGAAGGUCGCUGGAGUUGGUCGAGCUGCAUUCAGAGCACCUGAUGGUGGACUGGUCGUGCUUAAGGACGAAGAAGCAGUAAAGGGGCUCAAGCUUUCUGGGCAACCAAAUGAUACCAAGUGCGAGACAUGUCUGCUGAGCAAGUUCACACGGUUCCCCUUUCACGGCGUAGCUGGGAAAAGCAAGGCAGCACUGGAACUGGUGCACAUGGACCUGGUAGGACCUUUUCCAGUCCGAGGAAGGCUGGGGAACUCCAUGUGGCCUCAUGCGGUGAGGCAUGCUACAGUGGCAAGGAACCGCGUACUCACAAAGGUGGCUGAUGAUAUGUGGGUACCGCUGGAGAGGUGGCUUGGAAAGAAGCCUCCAGUGGACAUGCUCAGAGUGUUCGGAUGCAUGGCAGUGGCGCAUGUCCCUAAACCGUACAGGACAAAGCUUGGAGCAUCUGCACUGUGGUGUGUGCACCUUGGACUUGCGGCAGAGAGCAAGGGGUGGCUACUCUGGGAGCCCUCGAAGAAUGUGCUGUUUGACAGUCGGGAUGUCAAAUUUGUGGAGAACAUCAUGUAUGGCAAGUGGGAGAAGCAGCCUGAGGCAAGGGUCACCCAGCAGCUGGAAGAGAUCACUAUGCACUUCGAUUUGAACAGUACAUCAACACCUUGGCUGAGAAGUACUCUCUGCAGGAAGAACGGGAAGUGGUUACACCUUUGCCUUCCGAGUUCAAACUCAUAAAGGCAGCUGAAGGAGAAGGAGUUGAAAGUGAAGACCAGAGGC